AUGGCGUCGGAAACAGCAGACAAGGAAGGACUAAACCUUGUGACGUCAAUAACGACAGAUGAUCUUGUAGGCGCAAGUGAAACAUCAAGUCAAAACACGGAGGAAUUUGUAAGGAACUCGCAAGAUAGUGAGGUCAAUGAGACGAAGCAGACAGAAGAUGAUGUGAAGAUGUCAGAUAAUGAUGCAGUAGAGCAGGAAGACGUGGAAAUGAGACAUAUCAAUGGCGAAGGUGACAAGACUGUAAAGGCGGAAGAACAUGAGGAGAAGGUAUCGUCAAAUGACGUGGAAAACGUGUCAGCUGUUGCUAUGGAGGAAGAUAAUAAGGUAAGGCCUGGCGAUGACGAUUUUACUGCUGAAGAUACUGCAGUAUUGUAUGAGAAGACAGCGGAGGAUGAUAUAGAGAUGAAGACAAUUGAUGCAUCACUGCAGGACGCAACGAGUGAAAGCAAUGAUACAGUGCAGACACUUGCGUCGGAGACGAGCAAGGGCGUUAAUGGAGUUGCUGUACUAGCGGAACCUGUUGCGAAGAAACAGAAAGUAGACGAAAGUGUUUCACAAGUUAUUGAAAACACUGUAGUAGAUGAUCCGACAGCUGGUGCAGAUAGGUUUCAUAAUGUGUCGCCAUCUGGGCUUAUCUCUCGAGAUGAUAUGGCAAAGAUGGAAGAGGAUAGUGGGCGACUGAAAUUUGAUGUAAUCACAAAUGAUGGUGCAAACGAGCAUAUGAUCCAGCUCACGACGCUGAAAAACAUCUUUGCAAAGCAGCUUCCGAAAAUGCCAAAGGAGUACAUUGUUAGACUGGUUUUUGAUAAGAAUCACCGGUCAAUGCUCAUUUUGAAGAAUGGUACCCAUGUGAUUGGUGGCAUUUGCUAUAGGCCGUUUGAGAAGAACAGGUUUGCAGAGAUUGCGUUUUGUGCCAUUAAUGCGUCUGACCAAGUAAAAGGAUACGGUACACGAUUGAUGAAUCAUUUGAAAGAGUACGUGAAGACCAAGAACAUCACGCACUUCUUGACGUACGCCGACAACUAUGCUAUCGGCUAUUUUAAGAAGCAGGGUUUCACAAAGACUGUAUCGAUAUCUCGACCUAACUGGUACGGCUACAUUAAGGACUACGACGGCGGAACACUGAUGGAAUGUACAAUCCACACUCAGAUCAACUAUUUAAGGAUCACAUCGAUGAUUCACCAACAGCGCAAGGCCAUUCAAGACAAGAUUCAAGAGCGGUCGCAUUCAAAGACAGUGUAUCCUGGCCUGACAAAUUUUGCAGAAGGCAGGUUAAUGGACAUUUACAUGGUUCCUGGCGUCAAGGAAGCAGGAUGGUCACAGGCAGUGAUUCGUAACAAUCGCGUUGGAACUCGCGACCAAGGCAGUCUGAAGUCGCAGUUGUCACAAUUACUUAAGGCAGUGUCUAACCACCGAAGCGCAUGGCCUUUUCACGAGCCAGUGGAUACUACCGUUGUAGUCGACUACCUCGAUCAUAUAAAAGAUCCAGUGGACCUUCAGCUCAUCAGUAAACGUAUUGAGAGUGGAAAUUACGUCUCGAAAGCUGCAUUCAAGGCAGAUCUGGACAAAAUGUGUGAAAACUGCAUGAUCUACAAUACGCCCGACACGAAUUACUACAAGGCUGCCAUGGAUCUCCGUGAAUUUAUUCAGUCUCGAAUUCAGAUUAGGGAUCACAAUUUGCAAAUUAUGACCACACCCAAGGACGUUAAGACGUCGGCUAUUGACUUGGACGACAUUGAUUUUGAUGAAUUGGACGAUUAUCUGGAGCUAUUUCAGCAGGAUGGCGUAAUCAAGGAGGCGAUAUCAAAGGGUGUUGACUUGCGUGAGUACGCACAACAGAUUGACGAAGAACUUCGUGCAGCUGAGGCAGCAUCAAUUGCACAAUACGUCAUCAAGUCUGCUGAUAUUGUCGAGCUGCACGAUGAGGUACAGGAUUGUGAUAAUCUAUUGGCUAAAAUGCAAGAGAUGUUGCUUGGAUUUCAGGCUGAUCUAGGUAGUAUCAGUGACGAGAUUCGCUAUCUACAAGAUGAGUCAAUUGGUAUGAACAUCAAGCUCAAGAAUCGACGCGAGACGGAGGAAAAGCUGCAGAUGUAUCUAGAUCAAGUGGUCGUAGCUCCAUCAUUAAUCAAGAAGAUUGAUGAGGGUGAGAUGAAUGAAGUUUACCUACAUGCUCUUGUGACGCUGAAUGGGAAGCUACGCUAUGCUGCGAUGAGUGAUCAAGAUACGUUGGGACUUGGCUUGGUCCCGUCUCAGACAGCGGCCUUUUCCGAUGUCAAAGCUCAAUUGAAGAAAUUAAAAGCAAGAGCACUUGUACGGAUUCGAGAUUUCUUGCUGGCAAAGAUGAAUGAAGUGAAGAAACCCAAGACGAAUGUGCAAAUGAUGCAGCAGAAUACACUCUUGCCGAUGAAAUAUCUGGUGACAUUUUUGGCGGACAAUGCACCAGAAGUGGAGGAUGAGUUGAGGAGAGUGUAUUCAGCGGCUAUGAGUAAGACACUAGUGAAUGUUUUCAGAUCGUAUCAUACCGGCCUGAUGAAGUUUUACGAAGAAGUUGCUACACGCACGGACGUCAUUGUCGUAGAGGAACAAUCGUUGAAGGGUAUGUUUAGCUCACGGGUGAAUUUGAGUAAACGAAAUGAUACCUUUUCCGUCACAGAACGCGAAAAGAUCUUGGAGACGGUGUCAGCACCUGCGCUAAUAUUGCACGUGGCGCAGCAAGAGCAACUAAAGCUGCCGUACGAGGCCGUUUUCCGCAACAUGCAGCAGCAUUUGAUGGACUCAGCUACAUCCGAGUAUUUGUUCCUUAUCGAGUUUUUCAAGUCUAGUAGCGAAGAGGAAAACGAGUUUCGUACUCGGGACCUAUUCAUGCGCGUGUUUGCAAAGACACUGUCGCUAUGUCUCGAGAAUCUGGAGAACUAUUUAUUUACGUGCUACGAUGCCAUUGGGCUGCUACUGAUGAUCCGCCUUACGUAUGCACAGCGGCUGGAGAUGGAAAAGCGCCGUAUUUCGUGCUUAGAUGCGUACUUUGAUCGGGUGACAUUGUUGCUUUGGCCUCGAUUCAAGGCUGUGUUUGAUCUUAAUUUGAUGAGUGUGAAGAACGCCAAGGCAAAGAAGCUGGGGCCAAUUGACCGACAUCCUCAUUUUGUCAUUCGACGAUAUGCUGAAUUUGCUUCCUCCAUUCUUAGCUUGAGCAUGUCCACGCAGCAAAGCCAAUCCUCCAAAGCUGCAGCAGGUAAUUCGGCAAUUUUGAGCGCACAGAUGCACGAAAAUGGCCAAGGCGACAUGAUUCUCAAUAAUGUGACUGUCAUGCGCGACGAGAUUCUUUGUUUGCUCUUGCGCUUGGCCGAGCAGCAUGAAAAUGCGAAGGAUAAAUGUGUCUUUCUCAUCAACAACUACGAUCUUGUGCUAACACAUUUUGAAAAGCGGCGUGUCACCUCAGAGGAGACCCCAAGGUUUGAGGAGCUACGUGCAGGACAGCGCGAGAAGUUUGUGGAGGAGGAGCUGGCAACAUAUUUUGCAAAGCUCAUCCAAUUUAUUGAACAGAUUGUGCAUGAGUUUGCUUUAACGUGGAGAGCUGGGAUUGAAACCAUCAAUGGCAAUGUAAUGACAUACUUUUCCAACUUUCGCAACGGCAUGGAGAUUCUCAAGCAAGUUUUGACGCAGUUGUUGCUUUACUACACGCGCUUUGUGGAAGUUGUCAAGCGGAGCUACCAAAGCCCGCCUCCGUUUAACUCCGCGAUUAUUACAACACAAGAGAUUCUGUACGAGAUCAAGAAGUAUAGUCGUUCGUUUUAG